AUGGCAAAAAUUAGACCUUUACCCAGCGAACUGCAAAAGGUGGCUUUUGAAGAGCUUGGAGAAGUGCCUUGCAAAAUAUCAAAACAUUUAAAUACUCUGAAAGUUUGGAUUGCAAGAAACCCCCAGUUAAAGAUUCGCAAUGAUGAUCAGCUCCUGGUGCAGUUCCUGCGUGGCUGCAAAUACGAUAUGGAGAAAGCCAAGUCAAAAUUGGAGCAGUUCUGUAACCUGAGAUCGAAACGCCCCGAUUGGUUUAUGCCGGUGGAUGUGGAUGACCCCCAAUUUCGGAAUUUUCACAAUACAGGAACAUACUGUUCGCUGCCCACACCUUUCCCUGGAAAUGGCUCCCGCAUCAUUCUUUUGCAAAUAAAGUUUCCACCCACAGAGUUUGGGGUAGACGAAAUUUUCAGAUACGCCGCCAGCGUCAGUGAAAUCAUGUGUGUGAAUGAUCCUUAUGCCUGCAUCAAUGGAGUGACAAUAGUCCAGGACUAUGCUCAAGCCACAGCCAAGCAUUUCAUGCUGCUAUCGCCAGGCUUGGUGAGACAUAUUUUGUCUUUCUAUUCCAAGGCAAUUCCAAUUCGAAUAAAGGCCUUGUAUUACAUAAAUCUCAGCUCGUAUGCUCAUAGGUUCUUAAAUUUAAUGCGACCUCUGCUUCCGAGUAAACUAAAAGAUCGGGUAUUUCUUUGUGGCAGUAAUUUGGACGAUUUGGGUGAACAUUUUCCCAGGAAUUACUUUCCCCGUGAAUAUGGGGGAGAAAAUGGCUCUCUGGCGGAAAUAUGCGCAGCAGAUCAUAAACUGUGGGAUGAAUAUAAAGGAUAUUUCAAAGAGAACGUUUAA